AUGGCUUCAUUAGCAGGAGUGUCGUCAAUAUCGAUAAGAGGAGGCCCGCUGGAAGGUGGGGACGUCAGAAAAGUCAGCCCCUUCGUGGUUAACGGCAACACUGGGAUUGCGGCCAUGCACGUCGUUGUAACGGAACCAACCAAACUAAUAAUCAUCGAUAAAGCUCAAGAUGAGCCUGUCAGAUAUCCCAGCGGAAAGGCAGUGAUCUCAUUGGAGUACGAAAUCACCGAUGGCACAACGAGAUUCUUAGAACUAAACACGAACACUUUCUGUUCGGCCGGAGGAUUCUUGGCCGAUGGAACGUUGGUUAAUACUGGCGGUGCUGAAUUGAGUGGCAAAUAUAACGAGGGGUUCCAAAGUCUACGCACCAUUAAGCCGUGUCAAGACGGAAAAUGCCAAUGGACCGAAGAUCCCAAAGGUUUGACCUCACAUAGAUGGUACCCAUCAGCCGUGUCAUUAUCGGAUGGAAGAUUGUUCAUUCUUGGUGGAUCAAAUCAAUCUACCGCUAUCAAUAGUGAGACUAUCAAUAAUCCCACUUAUGAAUUUUACCCGAAGACCGACCCAAACCCAGUUCAUUUCCAAUUCUUGGUCGAUACCCUUCCAUUUAACCUCUACCCGUCAAUUCACCUGAUGCCAGGACCGGCCAAUCAAACUCAGCUCUUUAUCUUCGCCAACCGAGAUAGCAUAAUCUGGGACUGGAAAACAAACACCAUCGUGAAAAAAUUGCCGCAAAUUCCCGGCGCUCCACGGAGUUACCCAUUAACCGGCACAUCUGUUAUGUUACCUUUAGACCCCGAUGACAACUACAGACCCCAAGUGAUUAUAUGCGGUGGUAAUGAGAAACGUGAUCGCACGAAUCUGGCUGAUGAUUCUUGCGGUAGAAUUGAUUUGUCGAAUUUGGAUAAGGCCGCCUGGGAAAUGGAUAAUUUUGGUGGGUUUGGUAGGGUGAUGCCUGAUGGUGUGAUUCUGGCCGACGGUAAAACCUUGUUCUUAAACGGUGCUGGACGCGGGAUUGCUGGUUAUAACUCCAAAGAUAAAAAGACCGGUGUUGUGACGCAACAGGCGGACCAACCUGUCCUCACACCAGUCCUCUAUGACUUCCGAAAACCAUUGGGACAAAGAUUCUCGACGCAGGGCGCUUCCGAAAUUCCAAGAUUAUAUCAUUCUGUGGCAACUCUCAUUCCGGAUGGUCGCGUAUUUGUUGCCGGAAGCAGUCCACAGGCAAAUGUUGUAACAAAUAAUACCGAAUUUCCUACCGAAUUUCGCGUGGAAUAUUUUAGUCCUUCUUAUGUCUCGCAAACCAAAUCGCCUCGCCCUACCAUAACAAGUGUGGCCGGACAAACGAAUCUUAACAAAGGCGCCGUACGCGUGUCGUACAAUUCAAAGGUGUCGGUGACCGUGAAACUUAAUGUGCCAAGCGGAGUAUUCACAGCCGCACUGAUGCACUACGGGUUCGUGACUCAUUCAACUCACAUGUCUCAGAGAUAUGUCAUAUGCAAAGUCGAAAAUGUCAAAGCCACGAGUGGCGGUUUUACGAUGGAUGUCUUGAUGCCUCCGAAUCCCAAUAUUAUCGCUCCUGGCGUAAACUAUUUGUCUAUUAAUAAUCGCGGGAUACCUGCUAUUAGCGCCAUUCAAGUUCUUAUUUCCUGA